GUGGUUGUGAUUGGCUGUCGGCUGCUUCUGCAUCCUGGGGCACAGACUCACAUAAACAGCCAAGAGAAGCGGAGCCUGUCCUUACAAGAGGAUCUCUCCCACCCCAAAACCUCCAGCUCGACCAGAAACAUGGCAAAACCCAGAGUCUUCUUCGACAUCACUAUUAAUGGAGCUAAGACCGGCAGGAUAGUAAUGGAGCUCCGGGCUGACGUGGUCCCAAAGACUGCAGAAAACUUCCGUGCCCUGUGCACCGGGGAGAAGGGUUUCGGCUACAAGGGCUCCAUCUUCCACCGUAUCAUCCCUAAAUUCAUGUGCCAGGGCGGGGACUUCACCAAGCACGAUGGAACCGGAGGGAAGUCCAUCUACGGGGAGAAGUUUGCUGAUGAGAACUUCCAGCUGAAGCACACGGGCCCGGGCAUCCUGUCCAUGGCCAACGCCGGACCCAACACCAACGGGUCCCAGUUCUUCCUCUGCACGGAGAAAACCAGCUGGCUGGACGGGAAGCACGUGGUGUUCGGCUCCGUCGUGGAGGGCAUGGACGUCGUCAAGAAGAUGGAGGCGUACGGCACGACAGGCGGCACGCCCAAAGACAAAGCCAAGGUCGUCAUCGCUAACUGUGGCGAAGUAAAAUAAGUUGGCUUGUCACUCCUGUAACAUUUACUCUUUAUUAUCCACCCCCGUAUUACACGGGGUAGUAUUUUGUACCUUCUGACCUGUUCCCCGAGGAUAUUUGUUAACAGAAUCUGGAUCAAAUGUUGCUGAUGGUGUAAAUAAAGCACCUUGAAAAGCUAA